AUGGUGAGCCUUCAGGUUCGCCUUGGAGAACACAAUAUUCAUGUGCUUGAGGGUGGUGAGCAAUUCAUUGAUCCAGAAAAGAUAAUCCGCCAUCCAAAGUACAACAAGACCACUGUCGACAAUGACAUCCUGCUGAUUAAACUGAAGUCACCUGCCACCCUCAACUCUCAAGUGUCCACAAUCUCUCUGCCUACAUCCUGCCCAUCUACAGGUGCUCAGUGCCUUGUGUCUGGCUGGGGAAACACUGUGAACCUUGGAGGCAAAUACCCAGAAAUCCUUCAGUGUCUGGAAGCCCCUGUUCUUUCUGCCAGUUCGUGCAGAAAUUCCUACCCAGGCAAGAUCACCAACAACAUGUUCUGCCUCGGCUUCCUGGAGGGUGGAAAGGACUCUUGUGAUGUGAGUGUUCUUUGAGUUCUUCCCCAAAACUUGCAGUCUAUUCUCUUCUGUAUAUUUUUCCUGGCUGAGAGGCCUGUACAUUUGUCUGGAAGAUUUCAUGUUGGAAUAC